GAUGAAUACACCUCUCCAUGGCAAGAUAAAGUGCUGCCAAACCGGGCCUAAGGCUGUCUGAAAUUCGGGGAAGCUGGGCGAGACAUUGAGCGUCCCCUAAAACGCCAUGCCGAACAAUGCUACAUGCCACAGGCGCCAUGGCUGGCCAACGAUCUAUGCCCCCUUACGUGGAUCGUGUUAUGUAAGCACGGAGCUCCAAGCUGGCCCACCACCAUCUUCCCCAACGUGUCCAGACUUCAAGCUCAGGAGCAUAAACGUUACCCCUCUACAUGUCAGAAACACCUCGACCUGCGAACUGCUCCCAUAUCACAGCUAGUCGACCAACCAGCUUGGGUUACAAGUGUUGCUGUCUGCGGCACUUAGCGACGGCGUUGGCGGCGAGGCUCGUUCCGCGGCAGCUGUUUCUUUGCCGACAGCCAGCUUCCUGUUGCUCCCACCCCAAACCAGCUGCGAUGAGCUCGUACCACAGCCACUAGCUACCAUGUCGUUCACCAAUGCGCCCGUCACACGCAGUCUGAUCUAUGGCAUCAUUGGCAUGUCCAUCGCCGCGAGCCUCUUUGACGUCAAGCACUACUUCUACAUUCUUGUAGACCUACACCUAUGGCGCUUUCACCAGACCUGGAGAGUGCUUCUCUGGCAGCUAUGCUACACGAAUUCGAGCGAGGUGUUGUUUGCCAGCAUGGCCCUCUACAAUAUGCGCAUGGUCGAGAGGUUCUGGGGACCGAGGAAGUUUGCUAGCUUUGUCUUUUCGACUUACCUCUUGACGAGCGUGGUCACGCCAGUGCUCCUGGCAUUCCUCAUGCGCCCUCUGACUCUGGGCCUGCUCAACUACCUCCCUGCCGGCCCAACGCCGAUCGUGUUUGCCGUCAUGGCCCAAUAUCACGCCAUGAUCCCACACACCUACCAGUACAAGAUAGCGACUGCGAUCUCUGCUGGGAACGACGAACAAGGAAUCACGUUCUCAGACAAGUCGUACCGCUAUUUGCUUGCUGCACAGCUUGCUCUCUCGCAAUGGCCCGGUUCAGUGCUUGGCGCGCUGAUGGGCUGGGUGGUAGGCUACUCGUGGAGAAUGGAGCUGUUGCCGCGGCGUCUGAUUCGGUGGCGGUUGCCUGGAUGGGUACUGGGAGUGCGGGCGCCCAGGCGGAACGAGGAGUUUGAAGGCCUCCGACGAAGAAUGGAGGGUGAUGCGGCUACGGCGACGUCCACAGGCACCCAGGCGAGAGGCGAGCCAGGCGAGGGUGGCCGGCGCAGAACGAUGGGUCAACAGUUUAUGGACCAAUUCCGGGGGGAACAAUAGAUGCAUCUCGAAAUUGUAUAUCAAGCGAAUUUUUGACGUAGCCGGCUCUGUCUAAACUGGCUGGACCACUGCGAGCAACACCACAAAUCAAAUGUUAUUGCCAUGGGGUCGUAUAGGUCGCUGGCUUUCAUUCUGGAGACAUGCACGGCCUAGUGAUGUCAGUUUGGUGGAUUACUCCGUACAGCCCCGUAUUCCGCC